AUGUUCGACCGAUGGGUUCGUGAGCCCUACCGCCUCGCCACGACCGAGGACUAUACUUCGCGCUUCGCAACCUCAUGGUUCCUCUCCCCUCUACAACUGGCCGUAUGGCGUGGCAUUGUCGCUUUAUAUGCCUUUGUUGUCAUUUUCAUCAAUCUAGGCCAUGAAGGGAGCGUACAAGCAGGCCGAUCAUUUAGUUACUUUACUGUGCUCGGAUAUUGGGGGCUCGCUUUCUACUACGCUGUAUCGUGCGCCCAUUCAGCAAGUUUCUGGUUCUACGGCGAGUCUUGGUUGCAGAAAUGGCCGGGUUCCCUUCAAUGGCUGCAUUCGUUGUUCUAUGCCACUGUCACAGUGUUUCCUUUCGUCGUCACUGAANGAAAUGGGAAGGGUCUGAUCGCUGGAGCUUGUAUCGGCAUCCUGGCUGCCGCAAUCGUCGUCUUCACUAUCGUCCAUUUCUUGAUCAAGCUGCGCGAGUGGAUCACCGAGACCAGACUUGGGCUCUACGGAAACUUGUCUACCCGUAAUGGCAGAUUGAUCAAGACCCAGACCCACGAGACUGUCGAAUUGAACAAUAUCAGAACCAAGGAUUCCGCAGUCUAG